CGUUUUGCAUCCUCCCUGCCAGCCAUCACAGCGGAGGCAGCGAGAGGAAGAGAUGGUGUCAAGGAACUGGUGAAAUAAAUAACCAUAGUAAGCCACACACUCCUACCACACCCGGAUGGAGGACACAAAGGAGGAUUGUAAGCCUGGGGAACAGAAAGAAAAUUCAGAAGCCAAGAAGAUGGGGAAGGGUGGGCUGGAGGUGUGCGAGGCAGGCAAGAAGAGUGUCGGAUCAGCCGAGGUGACAGAAAAUGGCAAACCAGAAGCACAGAACAUGAAGGACGACACAGAGGCCGGAGCGAAGAAGGAGGCAGAGGAAACGACGAAGGAAAGCGUCAAGGAGGAGGAGAGAAUGGUGGAUGGUGACACACAGACAGACACACCAGAGAAAAAGAAAAUACAGAAAACCAAAACAGAAGGAGGAACUGAAGGAGCAACAAACAGGGAGGAUAAAGAAGUGGAUGAGGAGGAGGAAGAGGAAGAGGAGGAGGAAGAGGAGGAUGUGUUUGCAGGGCUGUCUACCUUUGCUGGGGAGGUGUUUGGCACCCUGGCCACCCCCAUCGACCCCCUGUCAGGCGAGGAGAGGAGCCCCAGACCACUCUCCCUCAAUGGAUCUGACCUCUCCUCCACCAUGAGGCUUCUGCAGGACCUGGUGACCUAUGACGAGGAUGACCCUGAGAUGACCUACUGCCCCGGGCCGCUGGAUGGGCAGGGUCGCCUGGCUGCUGUGUCACACCUGCUGGCGGCGCUGGUCACCACUCUGGACCCUCAACACCUGCGUCGCCUCGCCUCACGCAUCAUGUCCGAUACCUGUCUCUGGGUGUCUAGACUCUUCAGACACUUUGAAUCCACGGCCUACAUUCACGAGGACGUGCGUGAGGGAGUGGUUCGGGUAUGUCGGAUGCUGCUGCACGCCCGCUACCCACGCCUGGCCUCGGAGGGCUUCCAGGCACUGUAUGCCCGGCCGCCGGUCAUCUACACCAGCAGCACUGUCCGGCCCGGCCUGCCCAACCACCUGGCCAACAUGCUUGGCCUGGGAUCAUCCUGUGUGCGUGUGGUGCCCUGCAACUCGGUGGUGGGGUCGCCGCUGGCCAUGGAUGUGGCUGCGCUGGACCGCAUGAUGGUGGAGGACUCGGCUGCACAGAAGAAGCCUCUCCUGGUUAUCGCCAAUGCUGGAGGUGGAGCGCUGGGUGGCGUGGACAGUGUGGGGCGGGUGCUGGAGCUGUGCAGUGCCCAUGACGCCUGGCUACACGUGGAGGGACACGCCCUGGCCGCCCUCACCCUGCCCAACACUCCUAACCUGCCAGCCAAGAUUGGUGACAGCAUGACUCUUCCUCUGUCCCUCUGGCUGGGAAUACCGUCGCUGCCUUACGUUACUCUGUACAAGGCUCAAGAGACAUCAGCAGUGCACUCGGCAGGACUCACAGCGCUCAGUCUGCAUGUCCGCCUUUCUUGUCUUCCGCUGUGGACCACGCUUAUGACACUAGGGCAGAGUGGCGUCGUGUCACGGUUCCAGCAUGCCUUUGAGUUGGGGCGCCACCUGCAGCUUCACCUCAGCACUCUGCCCAGGAUAAGACUGCUGAGCCCGGCACCACUGGAGGGCAGCACAGUGGUCACCAUUCAGGACCUGGUCAGCAAGCCUAUCAGCACUGCACAACUCCUGGAGACAGUGAGCGGGUCGGUGGUGUUCCAGUACAUUGAGGAGACCAGCAGCGGCAGCGGUGGCGGCAGGGCCAUCAGCGCCAAGAACUCUGAGUAUUACGACAACCUCAACUCUUGGCUGGGGCAGGUGGUGCGGCGGGAUGUGGGCACCAUCCCACUGGAGUUGGUGCAACUGGAGACAGCUGGCCUGGUGCUGCGGUGGAGUCCCCUAGAGGGCCCCGACACAUACCACAUCACCCUAGCUGACGUGGACCACCUCAUUGACUCCCUCCACCACCAGCUGGACAUCCUGAACGCCACAGUGGAGCAGCGCAAGACCUUCACCAGCCUGGUCUCCUCCGCCACCAACCUGCAGCUGGUGGAGAUCCCUGGGUGGGCGGGUCUGGGUGGGGUGCGGUACCUGGCUGACCUGUGGCUGGACCAGGAGACUUUCACACCAGCCAACCGAGCCGACAUCAAUGCUCUCAAUGUUCAUCUUGUCUCACAGCUCAAGGCUACUGAUUCGGCAUUUUCUCUAGGGGAGGGCAGUGAUGGGCUGAACUGUGUGCGGUUUGGCAUGGUGACGGCUGACACGGACCUCUCGGACCUGCUUUCCCUUGUCAUCACUACUGGCAAGGAGAUUGAAAAGUCAUCGCGCUUCCUGGACCAGAUGACGGAUAUUGUGAGGAAAGGCAUUGAGGCAGCCACGGAGGACCUAAAGAGGGAGAAUGAGGAGCGGCUGUGGCAGGAGGGUAUUCUGAGACACGUGCCUAUCGUGGGGUCGGUGUACAACUGGUUCUCACCGCCACCACCGCCGGGCAAAGGACGCACGCUGGACCUCACUGCCGGUGUCUUGGAGAGCACAGAGAAUAUUUACCGCUACCACAUGCAAAUCCGCCAUGGGUCAGCCCCCACACGCUCCGAGACCAAGCUACCCCCUGCCCCCUCCAUCCAAACCCCUGUCACCCCCUCAGCCUCCUCUCCAUCCCACUCCCGCUCCUCCUCCACCACCUCUGCCCUCACCCCUGGCUCCACACACUCCCGCAACACCUCGGAGCACCAGCCAAUAGCGACGCAGGAAGGCAAGGCUGCUGUGUCGGCCAAUGGGGUGCCAGCGCCGUCCCUAACACCAGCAGUGGCAGUUCAGGGCCAGUAGAGUGCCGUGGUGUGAGUGCCAGGAUGUGUGCGUGGGUGCCAAGGUCAGAGGUCGCCCAGCUAUACAAAUAUACAUAUACAUACCUAUACAUGCACUAUAUAUAUAUACAUUGUAGAGAAGGAUGUGAUAUGUUCCUUAUGGUAUAUAUAUAUAUGGCACGUUAUGUCUUGUUUUGGUUUUGUUUUUCUUUUUUUUCUGGUUUAAAUAUGUUGU